AUGUCAACGCUGCAUCUCUAUAACCUCACGCUCGAAGAACCGCAGAAAAUCAAUGAAUCUAUCGUUGGACAAUUCAGUGGCUCUAAAUCUCAGGAGAUUGCAAUUAACAAAUCUAAUAUCCUUGAAAUCUACAAACUCAAUCUCGAUACGAUAAAACUAGAGCUCAUUACAAGCUACAGGCUGUUCAGUAUUAUUAGAUCCAUUCAAUCUUUCAAGUUAACUGGCUCGAAGAAAGAUUUCAUCGUCCUUACCUCCGACUCUGGUAAUCUCACCGUCCUCGAAUUGGUCGCUGAGAAGCUCGUCGUUUUACAUUGUGAAACUUACGGUAAAUCUGGCAUCAGGAGGAUCAUCCCUGGACAGUUCCUCACCUGUGAUCCUAAAGGUAGAUCCCUGAUGAUUGCUUCCCUCGAUAAAUCCAAGUUGGUUUACAUUCUAAAUAGGGAUAACCACGCUAAUCUCACUCUCUCAUCUCCAUUAGAAGCUAACAGAUCUCACUGUAUCACUCACCAUAUCUCUGCCGUUGACACUGGCUACGAAAACCCUCAAUUCGCCGCUUUAGAAACUGAUUACGAGGAAUUAGACCAAGAUCCAUCUGGUGAAGCACUCAUUAACAGCAACAAACUCAUCACUUUCUAUGAACUCGACUUGGGCCUUAAUCAUGUUCUCAAAAAAUGGUCUGAACCCACUGACCCCAAAGCAAACAUGUUGAUUCAAGUUCCUGGUGGCCAAUCUGCCUCCACAGACGCUUUCGAUGGUCCUUCUGGCGUACUUAUAGCUACCGUUGACUAUCUCAUUUGGUAUAGACCCCAAGCUGAUCCACAUAGGGUACCCAUCCCAAAGAGAGACCAUCCCCUCGACAAUAACUCUUCAGAGGGAACCAUCAUUAUAUCAGCCGUACUGCAUAAGAUGAAGGGCGCUUUCUUCUUCUUAUUGCAGUCUGAGCAAGGCGAUAUAUUCAAACUCACCAUGGAACUAAAUGGCGAGGAUGUUAUCAGCAUGCGCAUCAAGUACUUUGACACCAUCCCCCCUUCAACCUCCCUCAAUAUUCUCAAAUCCGGUUAUUUAUUUGCAUCAAGUGAAUUCUCCAAUCACAAGCUUUAUCAAUUCCAAAAGUUAGGCGACGACGAUAACGAGCUCGAAUAUUCCUCCUCAAGUUAUGAAAACAACGGCAUGCCAUCCUUGGAAAAUCCACUUCCAAUCGAUUCUGUUUAUUUCACCCAGCGUCCACUCGACAACUUAGUUCCAGUAGAUGACAGACAAUCACUCGCCCCGAUAUUAGAUGCCAAAGUGCAGUCCAUCUACUCCGGAGAUACUCCUCAAAUUUACACUGCAUCAGGUGUUGGCUCACGCUCUACACUUAGAGUUAUGAGACAUGGUUUAGAUGUCGUUGAAGCUGUUAGCUCAGAGCUGCCUGCACCACCUAAUGGUAUUUGGACACUCAAGCAAACCUCUAGUGAUAGUUAUCACUCCCUCAUUGUCCUCUCCUUUGUCAACGGUACUUUAGUCUUGGGUAUUGGCGAGUCUAUAGAGGAAGUUUCUGAUACAGGGAUGGAUACUUCCGCCUCUACUCUCUCGGUUGACCAGAUGGGCGAUGAUACUAUUCUCCAGGUCGUUCCUCAUGGCAUCAGGCAUAUCCUUGGUGACAAGCGCGUCAAUCAAUGGAAAGCACCAUCAGGUACUUAUGUUACAGCCUCAACAACCAACUCACGCCAAGUUUGCAUCGCUCUGUCUAAUGGGGAAUUAAUAUACUUUGAGAUGGACAAUGCAGGCCAACUCAACGAAUUUCAAGACCGCAAAAGUAUGGAAUCAACAGUGUCAACAAUUUCUAUUGGUGAGGUACCAGAAGGUAGACAGCGUUGUCCAUUCCUCGCUUUAGGAUGUGAUGAUCAGACAGUCAGAAUAAUAUCACUCGACCCAGAAAGCACACUCGAGGUCGUAUCAGUACAAGCAGUAACAGCGCAACCUUAUUCCAUCUGUGUUGCUGAGAUCUUCGAUAAGAGUUUAGACAAGUACAAUCCUACUUUAUUCGUCAACAUUGGUUUGAUGAACGGUGUUCUGCUUCGAACAGUGUUGGAUACAGUCAAUGGUAGUUUGACAGAUACUAGAACUCGAUUUUUGGGUAACAAGCCAGUAAGCCUACGUCGAGUCAUGGUUGACAAGCAACAAGCUGUGCUGUCUUUAUCGACGCGUACACACCUGAAUUAUGCUCACGGAGAUCAAAUGUACUUUACUCCUCUUCUUUACGAACCGCUCGACCAAGUCAGCUCAUUCAACGCAGAGUUGUGUCCGGAUGGUUUGAUCGGUAUCAGUGAUACAGUUCUGAGGAUUUUCACACUCCCCAACAUUGGACAGAGAAUGAAGCAGGAUAGUGUUGGAUUGUCAUACACACCUAGGAAAUUACUAUUACACCCAACGGCACCAUUUUUCCUCACCAUCGAAAGCGAUCAUCGCACUAUUAGCAAGGGAAGACAAAGCGAGCUUUUGACACAAAAGGGCUACAAUCCAUCUGCUUAUCAUCACAACAGUCUGCAGUUUGGUAAUAUUCGCACGGAAGCUGGUGACUGGGCAAGUUGCGUGAGAUUGAUAGAUCCAGUUACACUCAACACGGUCAACAAAGUUGAAUUAGACAACAACGAAGCAGCUUUCAGCGCUGAAUUUGUGCAGUGGAUUGGUCAAGAAGAUGAAGUGCACCUGGUUGUUGGUACAGCGAAAGAUAGAGUAAUGAUGCCUCAAUCGCACAAAGAAGCAUAUUUGAGAGUCUAUAAGGUCACGGAUGAUAGUCAACUGGAGCUGCUUCACAAGACGGACGUUGAUGACGUGCCCUACGCACUGCACGCGUUUAAAGGCCGUUUAUUGGCAGGCGUUGGUAAGGCUUUGAGACUCUACGAACUCGGUAAAAAGAGACUGCUUCGUAAAUGCGAGAACAAGUCAUUUGCGGCAGGCGUCGUUAAUCUCAACGUAAUUGGAUCUAGAAUAUACGUUGGUGAUAUGCAAGAAUCAGUUUCUUUCGCUGUUUACAAAGCACCAGAGAAUCGUCUGCUGGUGUUCGCCGAUGACAUACUGCCGAGAUGGACAACAACAGCAACACCAGUUGAUUAUGAUACAGUCGCGGGUGGGGAUAAGUUUGGCAAUAUAUUCGUAACUAGAGUCGAUAGAUCAACAUCUGACUGGGUCGACGAAGAUGAAAGCGGUGGUGGAUUGAUGCAUUCAAGAGGAUUGUAUCAUGGUGCUCCAAAUAGAUCUAGACUGUUGGCGCAUUUCCACGUUGGGGAUAUUAUCACCAGUAUAACUAGAUCUCAGUUGAGUGCUGGUGGUAGAGACGUACUUGUGUACACUGGCCUGCACGGCACAGUUGGAAUGAUAGUACCAUUUGCUAGCAAGGAGGACAUUGAAUUCAUGUCAACAUUAGAGCUGCAUAUGCGUCAAGAAGCUCCAAGCUUGGUUGGUAGAAAUCAUCUCGGCUUUAGAAGUUACUACGUACCAUGCAAAGCAUUCGUCGAUGGUGACUUGUGUGAACUCUACGCAGGCCUGCCUGUUACGAAGCAACAAGUGAUUGCAAAUGAACUGGAUAGAACAUCUGGUGAAGUACUGAAGAAAAUAGAGAGUCUAAGAUCAUCUGCUGGGUUCUGA